AAAGACAAAAGAAACUUCUUAUAGGAAACAAUACAAUACAAGUAUGGGAUGAAAAAAAACUUGAUUUUAUUUGUAUCAUAAAUAAAAACCCGAAUGAACCGGAAGAACCGCAUGAAAAAUUUCAAGUUAUAAAAAUUAGACAUGGUCCAAAUAAAUUUGAUAUUAUUUUGAAAGAGAGAAAUAAUGACAAAGAUAUCCGGGUAAAAAUAGAACAUGAGGAUGAUAUUAUCAACAUUGUAAGGAAUGCAAUCGAUGCUCUUAAAUAUCUAGAUACUCAAAGUAAAUCCGUUAACCUUGCUGUUGGUGGUAAACGUUCAACAUUUAACGAUAUAGUUGGACAAACACGAAACAUUGUUAAAAGAUUUAUUACUCUAUAUCCGAAUUCCUGGAGACUAUUAGAUUUUCGUUAUAAUAACAAAAAUUCAUCGGAUUAUGAUCCUGAAAAAUGUAUCUCACAAAUCCUUAAUGUGAUUACAGCAAAUAACGCCGAUGAAAGUAAUAUGAAAACUAAAUUAAAAAGCAUUAUAUCGAAACACAGUUCAAAAAUUUAUGAAAACGCUGAACAAAAUCGUCCUCUCCAUUCGUGGCUAGUUCCAUUAGACAGUCUUAUACCUGAUUAUCAAAAAAAUAUUAAAAGUAAAGAAGAAAAAAAACCUACUAAAGAAAUCCAUAUAGAUAUAACAAUGCUUACAUAUUUUCUGGAAUAUUAUUCUAACAAUGCGAUGGAUAACAUUGGAUGGAUGAGAAUUGUGGCUGAAGUCAUACCAGUAUUGUAUGAAAUGAAGUAUGGCGACAAGAAUUAUGGAUGGUAUGCUCAAGAAUUUUUUUACAAGACUUGUUUCGGUGCAAAAAGUCUAGAUUUUUCUUCGUUAAAGUUUCAUGAGGUUAAGAAAAGUUCCAAAAAUUCUUUAAAAGUUUUUAUACCUAUUACACAACUCGUUCCUCAUGAUACCGAUUUAGUACUUAAAAAUAUCAGUGAUGAUGAAAUUCCUUACAUUAGAAUGGUACCUUUAGUUGAUUUCACAACGAAUAAAGAUAAUCUACCGGCACCAACUCAAAUUAAAAAGUAUUUAAUAAAGUUGUUCUUACCUGGAAAGUAUUCAUCUAUUAAAAAUGAGGAUUAUAGUUAUUUUAUUAGACUUUUAAAAGUAAUAGAAGAGGAUGAUUCGUUUUAUGACAGUCCUUCAAUGGAGGCCAUAAUGAAUUGGAUGUGGUAUUCUUCUAAAUAUCAUUGGCAUCACACUUUACAUAUUUAUGUCGUAUACCUUUUAUCAUAUUCUAUUAUUUCCUGGGCAUAUGUUGCUCAUCUCGAGGUGUUUCAGUUUAGUUUUCAUGGGAAGCAAUAUGCAUUAGAUUUAUUCAAUUGGAUGGAUAAUAUUGCUAUUUUUUUACCUUUUAUCCUCUCCAAUUAUUUUUUAAUGGGUUUUUAUAGUAUGGAGAAUGGUUUUAAAAAUUCCACAACUACUCAAGUCAGUGUUUUUCUCACUUUUAUGAGUAUUUUGUUUCUUUGGUACGAGUUGGGACAUGCGCUAUUUGUUCUUCUUGGAUAUCCAGAAUACAUAUCACUAAGUCAAGCACCAGAUACUUAUGAUGUCGUUGAUCCUGAUUUAAAUUCUAAUGAAUCACUUUAUACCAUGGUUGGUGAAGUACCAGAUAAUCCAUUUUCCAAUCUAUUUAGUUCUAUAAUUGCAGUCUAUAAUUGGGAUUCAAUUCCUAACGCUUUUUCAAAUGCAGAAAGAGACAGUAGGCGCGGUGUACUUCGACUUCAAAAAGAAUUAAUUUACGAUUAUGCUUGUCUAGAAGGUUCUUCUUUAACCUCUAAAACAAAUAAUUUUGAUACUCUAUUUAAGGAUAAAUUAAAUGUAAGAUAUAUAUGUUUUUUGGAUGAACCUGAUCUUACAAAUACAUGGAAUGAAAAAUCAAUAGAAUUAGGUUCAAGAUGGUUAAAUACAUAUAGUUUUAGUUCUGUUACCGAAAAAUCCGAGCCUGACUUAAAUAUUGAUGAAAUUGAUUUUAUUUGGACUUGGAAAGGCAAGAAAGGCAAGAAAUAA